AUGCUCCACCGGUCUGCAGCAGCAGCAGCAGCAGCAGCAGCAGCAGCAGCGUCAUCAGUCUUUGUUUCUCCGUCCGUCUUCAUCAGCAGCAGCAGCAGACAUGGACAUGUGGACGUUUCUGAUGUAGGACGGACACGCAUCAGAGGUGUGUCAACACUGACGGGGAAGAAAUCAUCAGAUCUUCAGAGCUUCAUUCCACUUCCUCCAGCUGUUCUGGACGAGGUGUCUGGUCUCCUGCUGUGGACAAACAUGUGUCUGCCUUUCCCAAACCUCCUGUUCCUCUUCCUUCCUUUGUUCGCCCCACUGCUCCUGGUCCCCUCUGUGGACGCUUCUCGGCGGUGUCCACACCAGUGCAUCUGUUAUGAGCAUGCGGACCUGGUGGACUGUCGCUCCCAGGGCUUUGAACACGUUCCCAGGGGCCUCCCACAUGGAACGUGGCUCCUGGAGCUGGGAGGGAAUAACAUGACUGUGAUUGAAACCCGCGCCUUCACUGGACUCUGGUCUCUACGGGUCCUGGUCCUGACCAACAGCCAGAUCAGAGACAUACAACCACAGGCGUUUUUCUCUUUGUCUUUCCUGGAAAAGUUGGAUCUGAGUUGGAACCAGCUGACGUAUCUGCCCGUGGACUUCUCAGUGAGCAUGUCUGCGCUAAAAGAGCUGCGACUGGAGCGCAACAACCUCCAUUUUAUUUCUGGACACAGUUUGGAGUAUCUGGACAACAUGGAGAAGCUGGACCUCAGUCAUAACCAGCUGGUGUCGGUGGGGCCCGGUGCGUUCAGGGGCCUGUCCAGGCUCCGACAGCUCUACCUGCACAACAACAGACUGGUGGUGGUGCAGAAGGGCAGCCUGGACAUGCUUCCUGGACUGGAGGUGCUCCAGCUGAGUAACAAUAACAUCUCUCAGAUCGAGGCUGAUGCUCUGGCUCCUCUCUACAGUCUGGCAGUUCUGGCUCUGGAAGGAAACAACCUGCACCAUCUGAAGUUUAAGACCUUCAUCAGCCUGCACACCACAGCCACACACAUCCAGCUGUCAGGUAAUCCAUGGAGCUGUGACUGUGAACUGCAUCGUGUCUUCAGUAAGAUCUUACACGUUCGGCAUCUGCACAUCGAUGACUACCGCAACGUGACGUGUAAGGAGCCGCCUCAGCUGGCCGGGGCGUCGCUGGCCUGGGUGGACAGUCAGUUAUGCGUGGCAGAGACCGCCACCGUACUGGUCAUCACGGUCACUGUGGUGGUGACGGUGGUGGCCGCUGUGGUGAUGGCAGAGAGGAACAGGAAGAGGAACCACGGGAAGAACUGGGACAGCGAGUCACAGAGUCCACCUCCAACCUGAAGAACAUCUGCAGAAACAGGAGGAACACCAACAGGAUGGACACAGGAUGGUCACCACGGCGACACAUGGACCAAUGGAACACCUUCAAUGUCAUAUAUACACUUCUAUACAUCCAACAGGACGGGUACAGUUAGUGUGUCAUUUAUUCUUUUCAUAUUCAACUGAGAGUCCACAACCAGAAAACAA